CAGUUGUCAGCUGUACCCUGCUGGUGUUUCUUCCUUUUAUAGUCAGCAGCAGUUGCUCUCGCUCUCACCCAGCCCCUCUCUGGGGGCUCCUGCCCAGGAUAAAAGGGGCAGGAGGCAGCCCAGGCUCCCAUCUUAUUUCCCCGGUGCUCCACGUCUCUCGAUUCCUUUCUAGGUCCUACCUCCUCGGAAGAGCCCAAUAGGACAACAUGCCUCCCAAGAAGCCUGAGCCUAAGAAGGAGGUGGCCAAGCCAGCCACAGCCCCGGCCCCGUCUCCUGCCCCACCUCCUGAGCCCCUCAAGGAACCUGCCUUUGACCCCAAGAGCGUAAAGGCCAUCAGUUAUGGCCCAGCGGUUAGGGGGCUGGUGUGUGGCUCUCAGCCCAUGUUGUCGCCUUUCCUUCUCAUCUGCGCCCUUACCCUGAGCUCCUGCUUGGAGGUAGAAGCUGAUCAGCCCCUAGUUACUGCCUUCGCUUGGCCCCAGGGGGCUGCAGUCAGUCUUUUCUCUGCAGAGUUCAAAGAGGCCUUUUCGUUGUUUGACCGGACCCCGACUGGAGAGCUGAAGAUCACCUAUGGGCAGUGUGGGGACGUGCUGCGAGCCCUGGGCCAGAACCCCACCAACGCCGAGGUGCUGCGUGUCCUGGGCAAGCCCAAGCCAGAAGAGAUGAAUUCCAAGAUGCUGGACUUUGAGACCUUCCUGCCCAUCCUGCAGCACAUCUCCCGAAACAAGGAGCAGGGCACCUACGAGGACUUCGUGGAGGGGCUGCGCGUGUUUGACAAGGAGAGCAACGGCACGGUCAUGGGCGCCGAGCUUCGCCACGUCCUUGCUACCCUGGGAGAAAAGAUGAGUGAGGCUGAAGUGGAGCAGCUGUUGGCAGGUCAGGAGGAUGCCAAUGGCUGCAUCAACUACGAAGCCUUUGUCAAGCACAUCAUGUCUGGGUGAAGCAGAUCCCUCCAGGGUGCCUGGCCCGGGGCCUUAGCCCAGGUGAGUUACCAAGAGGCCCAGAGUGACUGAGCCGGAGCUGGAGUCCUGGACUUUCCCCUGCAUGGCAGCCCUGGGGACUCCAAGGGCCCACAGUCCUUGCCAUAAAUAAACAGCUUCAGCAAGGCCGGGCCGAGGUCCCAACCAGCCUCUGAGUUGUUUAUUAAAGCCAAUUAAUUCGU